AUGUCGGGAGCUAUCUUCGGGCCCCUGGAGGGCCCGAGCUCCCUGGACGCCCCGAGCGUCCACCCGCUGGUGUGCCCGCUGUGCCACGUGCAGUACGAGCGCCCGUGUCUUCUGGACUGCUUCCACGACUUCUGCGCCGGCUGUCUGCGUGGCCGCACGACUGAAGGCCGCCUCACCUGCCCGUUGUGCCAACACCAGACGGUGGUGAAGGGUCCUAGCGGGCUCCCACCGGUGGACCGGCUGCUGCAGUUCCUGGUGGACAGCUCGGGGGAUGGCGUGGAGGCGGUGCGCUGUGCCAACUGUGACCUGGAGUGCAGCGAGCAGGACGUGGAGACCACGUACUUCUGCAACACGUGCGGACAGCCCCUGUGCGCGCGCUGCCGCGAUGAGACGCACCGAGCACGCAUGUUCGCGCGCCACGACAUCGUGGCCCUGGGUCAGCGAAGCCGCGACGUGCCCCAGAAGUGCACGCUGCACGCAGAGCCCUACCUCCUGUUCUCCACCGACAAGAAGUUGCUGUUGUGCAUCCGUUGCUUCCGCGACAUGCAGGGGGAGAGCCGGGCGCACUGCGUGGACCUGGAAUCGGCUUACGUGCAGGGCUGCGAGCGGCUGGAGCAGGCGGUGCUGGCCGUGAAGGCCCUGCAGACGGCCACGCGGGAGGCCAUCGCGCUGCUGCAGGCCAUGGUGGAGGAGGUGCGGCACAGCGCUGCAGAGGAGGAGAACGCUAUCCACGCCCUCUUCGGCAGCAUGCAGGAGAGGUUGGCAGAAAGGAAAGCAGUGCUGCUGCAGGCUGUGCAGAGCCAAUACGAAGAGAAGGACAAGGCCUUCAAGGAGCAGCUCUCUCACUUGGCCACCUUGCUGCCCACCCUGCAGGUCCACCUGGUCAUCUGUUCCUCCUUCCUCAGCUUGGCCAACAAGGCUGAGUUCCUGGACCUGGGCUAUGAGCUGAUGGAGAGGCUGCAGGGCAUCGUCACACGGCCGUACCGCCUAAGGCCUGUGCGGAGCAGCAAGAUUGCCAGUGACCACCGAGCUGAGUUCGCGCGCUGCCUGGAGCCGCUGCUGCUGCUGGGGACACGUCGGGUGGCAGCUGCUGCAAGUGGUGCUAACACGCUGGCAGGGGGCUUAGGCCCCAAGGUGCUGACGGGGCCCCACUGCCCCUCCCCGGUAGGAACGAUGUCCGGGUCACCCGUCCAAAAGCCUACGCUGCACCGGUCCACCAGCACCAAGGUGCUGCUGGCAGAGGGCAAGAACACGCCCUUCACAGAGCACUGCCGCCACUAUGAGGACUCCUACAGGCACCUGCAGGCGGAGAUGCAGAGCCUAAAGGACCAGGUACAGGAGCUGCACCGAGACCUCACCAAGCACCACUCGCUCAUCAAGGCGGAGAUCAUGGGAGACGUCCUGAGCAAGUCCCUGCAACUGGACGUGCAGAUCGCCUCGGAGCACACCUCCUUAGAGCGCAUGAGGGUCGUCUUCCAGGAGAUUUGGGAGGAAUCCUAUCAGCAAGUGGCUAAUGAGCAGGAGAUUUAUGAAGCCCAGCUCCAUGACCUUCUCCAGCUGAGGCAGGAGAAUGCCUACCUGACCACCAUCACCAAGCAGAUCACGCCCUACAUCCGCUCCAUUGCCAAGGUGAAGGAGCGGCUGGAGCCCAGGUUUCAGGCACCCGUGGAUGAGCAGUCAGAGAGUCUACAAAACACGCAUGACGACAGCAGGAACAGUGUGGCCUCAGCCAGGAAUAACCCAGGAAGUGUCCCGGAAAAGAGAGAGAAGACGUCAGAGCCUAAAGGAAACAGCUGGGCUCCGAACAGCCUCUCGGAAGAGCCUCUACUCAAAAAUAAGGAUCAUCACAGAUCCAAACAGAAAAACAGGGGUGACAUCCCCACAUGGAGGGAACACCUGACUUAG